AUGAGUGACCUCUUACUAAAACAACGUUCAGGUACUCAAAAUCACAUUCCUCCCAAACCCCCUGAUAAAUUCAAUCCUCAAACACCUAAUACACUAUCCUACAAGGAUACACUGAUUCAAGAUGAAUUCUUCAACAACAUCACUACUCAAUCAGUGGAAGAAAUCUCAACACUUCCAAAGGACAUCCAAUCAACAGAAUUGGAUGACCAUAAUUCAGGGGUAUUGUCCCACAAACUGAAUCAAAUAAUAUUAUCUGAGGAGGAUAGAAAACGCAUGUACAACCCUUGUAAAUUCUCCAUCAUCAUAAAACUCAUGGGUAAACGAUUGGUGCAUCACUACUUCAAAAAGAAAAUCCAAGACCUGUGGAAGAUAAAUGAGAAUUUUCCACUUAUUAAUUUUGGAGAAAAUUACUACACAAUCAAGUUGGCCAAGGAGGAAAGUAUGACUAAGAUACUACAUAAUGGACCUUGGUUCAUCAAUGGUUUUUUUCUUUCAGUACAAAAAUGGGUGCCCAAUUUUGUAGCUAAAGAAGCUCAUCAAAGCUAUACAGCAGUAUGGGUACGAUUACCACAACUCCCCACAGAAUUUUACGAUGGCAUUAUUCUUACAAGAAUUGGCAACUGCAUUGGCAAACUACUCAAAGUAGAUGCACGCACAUCUACCACAUUAAGAGGAAGAUAUGCUAGGCUUUAUGUGGAGUUACCAUUGGAGCAACAGUGCAAAACUAUUUACUGA